ACAGAGUGGCAGGGAGAAGGCAUUUACAUACUGAGAACGAAGGACAACUGUGGGAGACAGACAUGAAGAGAGAGCAGCGAUUACUGUGAUGAAAGGGGAGAAAUAGAAGUGGGAAGAGAGAGACAGAAAAGGGGAGGGAGGGAUAGAUAGAGAGGAAGGCACAGUGAAUCUCCAUCACACACACAAACACCAGCAGUGCACAGACAAUAUUCUGCACAUUCCCAUCUGAAACCAUGUUGCCUGGCAAGGGGGACACAGCUGAGGGAGGAUCCAAGGACAGCACAGUGCCAGCCCAAAAUCUGCAGGAGAAGGAGUCUGUGGAGAAGGCCAGGGCAUUCUACAACAACCUGACUCCCACCAAGAAACCAAAAUUGCCAAAACCUCACAAUGCCAUCACCAUUGCGGUAUCAUCCCGGGCUCUUUUCCUCAUGGAAGAAGAACAGAAAAUUUACAGGGAGCAGGGACUGGAGGAAUAUGUACGAUACCAACUGGAACAUGAAAGUGAGCCUUUUAAACCUGGAGCCGCAUUCCCUUUUGUGAAGGCCCUGGAAGCAGUAAAUGCUCAUCUUCGUGCACUUUACCCCGACAGCGAAGACUUGUUUGAUAUUGUCCUCAUGACCAAUAAUCAUGCACAGGUCGGAGUGAGACUCAUUAACACCAUAAACCAUUACAACCUUUUGAUUGAACGUUUCUGUAUGACUGGAGGCAACAGCCCCAUAGGUUACCUGAAAGCCUAUCAUACCAAUCUAUAUCUCUCCUCUGACGGCCAGAAAGUACAGGAAGCAAUAGAAGAGGGUAUAGCAGCAGCGACCAUCUUCAGCCCCAGUCAGAAUGUGUCGGUCCAGGAGGAGCAGCUGCGAGUUGCAUUUGAUGGAGAUGCUGUUCUAUUCUCAGAUGAGUCUGAACAAAUUGUGAAAGAGCACGGCCUGGACAUGUUCUUUGAGCAUGAAAAAGCUUAUGAGAACAAACCUCUGGCACAGGGGCCUUUGAAAUGUUUUCUGGAAGCACUAGGAAGGUUACAGAAGAAGUUUUACCUCAAAGGAAUGAGAAUGAACUGUCCCAUCCGAACGUAUCUGGUUACAGCACGCAGUGCAGCUAGUUCUGGGGCACGUGCCCUGAAGACACUACGAAGCUGGGGUCUUGAAACAGAUGAGGCACUUUUCUUGGCUGGAGCCCCAAAAGGUCCCUUAUUGGAGAAAAUCCGUCCUCAUAUCUUCUUUGAUGACCAGAUGUUCCAUGUGGAGGGAGCUCAAGAGAUGGGGACAAUAGCAGCUCAUGUACCAUAUGGAGUAGCACAGAGGCAUAGACACAAGCCUGUUCAAAACACCAAAUGAAGUUAAUUUAACAAUUCUUUUAAGGCAACUUUCUAUUCUGACAGGAUUAACCUGAUCUAUAUGUGUAUUUUUGUUUAACAUACAUAUGCCACUUUGAACGUUGCCUUCACACUUUGUUUACACAGCUCAUAGAUUUAAUAUGAAGCUGUGUGCUCAUGAUCACAUCCAGUGGCUAUGGUCUGUGGAUACCUUUAGUAAUGUUAUAAAUUGAAAGGUUAGGGCUCUGUGAUCUGACUUACACUGUGUUCUUCAUCCAUUAAAUUGCCAUUGUCCACUCUGCACCUCCAUAUACUAUAUGGUAUGGGAGGCCAUGAGUUUGCUUCUUUUUACUGAACCAGCUGUAUUUUUUAAAUGGAUGAAUGUGAAGCUAUACAUUCUUAAAUGUAACUGUUUUUCAGUAGGUAUAUAGGUGUUUAAUUCAAUUGAUUAAUAGAGCUCCUCUCUGAUAAAGCUAAACUAAGGUAAAUAAUUUCUACUUGACCCCUUUCUGAGUAUUAACCUACAUACUUUCCUUUCACCUUGUUGUGUUCUUACAUGGACUUGGGAUUGGAUACAUUGGUUUGGAGAAUAUACUAGAUAUUUGCACAUAACAAAGAUUGUUAUCUAAAAACACAUUAGCUAUUAUUGAUAUAUAAUAUAGUGAAAAUCAAAUUGCUAUUUUAUUUUUAAGUAUUGUUCAAUAUUUAUUGCAUUGGUCUUUAUCUAAACUGUCAGCCAGAAAAGGUUUACCUGAAUUUCUGAAUUACAUCAAAUACAAUUCAGCACAGAAUAUACUGUAACAAUCUCCACAAAAUAUAUCAAAUGUCAGUUUACAAGGUUCCCAUUCCCAUUGUAGGUUUAAAAUGGAUGCUCCAGACAGCUGAUUGUAUGACUAUGUAUACAUAUUUGAAGCCAUCUUUUUAAUUUUUAUAUGAACAACACUCAAAUGCUGCAUGAUCAAAUUACAUUUUAUCACUUUUAAGGUAUGUGGAAUGAAAAGAGAAAAUAAAAUGUCAGUGAUGUUGUUUGCUAAGACAGGCUUGCUGUGUCCUGUCUUGUUAAAAAGUAUGUCUUGUUCCACUUUGAAUAUCUUGCUGUGUUUUGUGCCUUUGUAUAACUGAGAAUGUAUAAUGGGGCUUUAGGGACGUCUGAUUCUGCUACCUGUACUUUUGUGAAUGUAACAGAUGGAAUGUAUUGAUAUAUUUUACUGUAUGUAAUAAAAUAAAAUACAUUUUGGCUGA